GAGGAGAGGAAACAGCAGGACGGGAAAAGAAACUGUUGUGGGGAAAAAAAAAAUCUUUUUUAAAAGUUCUGCUUUCAAUCUCUGACUUCAGAAGCUUCCUCCGGCUGCAUCAUCAUCAACACCUCAAAAUACUGCACUGCUGCAAGUAUUUCACAUCGGCUCCUUUUACUCUGGGUGGAGAUACGUCCACUUCUUCUUCUCCUCCUCCUGCAAAUGAGGACACUUUUCUCUCUGAAAACUGCAAAUAUAAGAAUCAAAAAAUGUUUUGAUGAGCAUCUCUCUCAACUUGAAUGUUUUUAAAACUUGGACAAAGACAGAUAGUGGAGCCCUUCAAUGCAGCGUGUGUAAAAGGACUGGGGUUUUUUUGUUGUUUUUUGUAGGGAGGUGUAGGAGGAGGUGACUCUUCAGUAGGACGCGCCAGGAGCAGAGCGCUUCUGGAAGAGCUCCGGGAAGAGGAGGAGGAGGGCGCGUCACGCUGAGAGAGAGCAUCCUCCCCAGCCUCGCUUCCUCCCUACAAACACACACCCUUAACACAACAGAGAUCCAAAGGAAUUAGUGUAGAAAAAUAUCACAAAAGUAUUUUAGCAAAUCUCUGCAGAAAGUAACGAGAAAGUAAGUUUAAAUCUUUUUUUUUUCCAAAUCACAAAAGUACAGAUAAAUCCAUCACUGGGUUCCACAGUCAUACUACAUUGCAUUAAAAGGAAAUUGUAGGGAUAUUAUAAGAGUAUCAUAGAGUUAAUUUGUCAGACGGCACACGCACGCACGGACACCCAGGACACCCAGCACGCCGCCGCAGAAUGGAUCUCCCUCCUAUCAGAGGUUUAUCUGAUGUGCCGUGAGAGUUGGGAGCACUUUGCCCCAGGCCCGGCCUGCAGCCCUGGUGCCACCCAGCCUGGCUCACCAGGAUGGACCCUGCUCAUUCCUUCAGGGUGGAGAUGAACGAGCUGGACCUCCACCAGGUUCCAGUGCUGUCGCUCGAACAGAUACGUGCCAUCCGGGCCAGCAAUGACUAUGUGGAGAGGCCCGUGGCGCUGGAACCGGCAUCCCAGUCUGGAUUUUUCUAUGCCCAUGAUGACCAUUACUCUCAUGGAGUAAACCCUGGCCAUCCCCUUCCUCGCAGCCAAAGUCAACAGCAGCAUGCUCACCUGUCCCGCCUGAGCCGUUCCAGUACCUUAAGCUCUUCCGUGUCUCGGACCAGUGCAACUUCAGACCAGCGGCUACUGGCAGGUUUGACACCAUCUCACUCUGGCCUAGAUCCAGUGAACCGUUCUCAGCCUAAAGGAGAACUAAAGCAUGAUGCUUCUUUUGGUAAAAUCCUGACAGAGGACGAGGCUGAGCUGGGCCCUCAUUCGUUCAUCUGUGAGCGGUGUGGUCGCUGUAAGUGCCAAGAGUGCUGUGCCCCCCGUCGCCUGCCUUCCUGUUGGGCUUGCGGACAGCGGUGUCUGUGCUCCGUGGAAAGCGCUGUGGAGUAUGGCACCUGCUUGUGCUGUGUUAAAGGCCUGUUCUACCACUGCUCCGCCCAGGAUGAUGAGGAUAACUGUGCUGACCGGCCAUGCUCCUGUGCUCCAGCCCACGCCUGUGCCCGCUGGAGCACCAUGGGGCUGCUGGCACUCUGCCUGCCCUGCCUCUGCUGCUACCCCCCUGCCAGGCUGUGCCUUGCCCUGUGCCAGUGUGCUCACGACCGUGCCACACGACCCGGCUGCAGGUGCAACAACACCAACACUGUGUGCCGCAAGAUUUCCACCUCCAACCCUAACCCUCAUCCCUCGCUCCGUAGCAAGGCCCUGGAGAAGCCGUUAUGACAGGCCUGGAUGGGGGCCAGGUAAAUCCAUUUCCCCUUAGCCGUCGCCAAAGCAGCGCUGUCGCCAACAGUGCCACAGCUGACAUUGUGACGACAAUGCCAUUGUGACCCACCUACCUACGUACAACAAAGCCAACCAACCAAUCAACCCACCGUGAAGUGUUGUUCACCUAAUGUACCUUGAAUUUACUUCUUCUCCAGCUCAGGAGGGACCAAAGCUUUACUGUGCCUGUUCAUGUUGGAGACUUCAUGCCUAAAAACAAAAACUCGUUGUGAAGAAGAGGAAGAAGAAGAAGAAGAAGAAGAAGAAGAAGAAGCUGUUGUGCUAUGCUGGACUGCCCUUCAACCUUAACCAAGACUUCCAGACAGAAAUCACCUCUCUCCGCGUUCUGUGGUUUGGAUGUGUUAAAAUCUAUUUAUUUAUUGCUGAACCUCUUUCCUCCUCACCCUUUGAAAAGAAAAUGCACCGAGCAAAGAUGGGCGAUGGACCAAAUUAGGAAGGAAAGAUGCCUGUGGUGGCAUGUAUGGCCUAUGCCAACAGAGUUUCUGUUCUCCAGUAAGAGAGAAUCAGAAGAAGCACGGAAGAUUGAGGACUUCCAACACAAAGACGUUAAGAAAACUCCAGACAAGGUUGAAGAUGGAAGAAAGAAGAAACCAAUGUUGUGCCGUGGUGAAUAUCAGACUGGGACACUCGGCAAAGCACGGAGGCAUAGAGUGAGAACAAAGACACUUGUAACACACCUGUAACAACAGUUGACACCAAAAAGGGACCAUGCACUGUACGAAUUUCAAUGCUAUUAAGCUCAUUUGUAAAGGAAAAGCACUGUGAGGUAGACAAUGUUUUCCCCAGCAGCCUAGAGCUGAAUGGGGGAUUAUUUAACCAGAGGGAGGGGGCAUCCAUUGCGACUAGGCAGCGUGUGUGUGUGUCUGUGUGUGUGUGUCCUCCUACUGUACAACAACCUGUGUAUGUAGAGCCUGUGUGUAUGUUGUUUUGUCAGCAGAAGAAGCCUCCCUUGUCUUAUUUUUAGCCGUGCAGCUUCAGUGGAGCUCUGAGGGUCUGGUCAGGUUUCUUCCCGAAGUCAGUCUGUCGCCAACCUCCCUCCUCUGACCGACCUCCUUCACUGCCGCCACCUCCAUCAUUCUCUCCCCCUCCUCUACCACACUUAAUCUACUCUCCUCCCAUCCACAAUUCAAUGGUUCUUUUCUCUGAACAAUCUGUGUCUUGGUCAGUUGCUACCUUGAUCCAAAAUGACUUGGAAAAACAGUAGCCGUAGUUCCUUGAUUCAUAACUAUCUGACAUCAACACCAAUCUGAUAUCAACGGCAAUCUGACCAAUCCAAUCUGAAGUACAGUGAAGAAAUUGAAAAGUAUAAAUGAUCAACCUGGUUGAACAGACCUACAAUAGCUGGACUAGUUAUUUUGCUUCAAUAAAAUUAUACUAGGUUCAGUUUCAGGACAUUUUUACGUUCUUAACUGACCCAGUCGCAGUCUCAGGAUUUCCAGAGUUCUUGCUAACCCAUGAUGUUAAUGAGAUUUUGAUCCAGGGGUCAUAUUCACAAAACAUUUUGAAGGUAAAUAGAAGACUGAGUUAGCAUAAAAAAGAUAACGGACAUGCCAAUAAUUCAAAAAUGGCUCCUAAGUCUCAAGUGUUGGUGGCUUAAAAGUCCUCUGGACUAAGACUUAAUCAAAAUCAGUUGGCUGCUGGUAAUGUGUAGACUUUGGGAAAGAAAAAACAUAAACUGGACGUUUCAAAAAGAUAUUGGCGCAUUUGCCAGGGUAUUUUGAUGGUGUUUGAGUUAUGCAAUUGCCUCAUCAACACGUCAAAACAAUGUAAUUACCCUGGAGAUCAAGGUUUGCACAACAAUCUGCUAUUCAUCCACUGGAAAAAAUUUAGUUCUGCAGCUUUGAUGACCUUUGGAUAUUCUGACAAUCUUUCAGGGUUAAGCCCACCUCUUCUCAGAAGCUCAAACUUGGAUGAUAUUUUGUGAAUAUGGCCCAAGAUCUUUAUGGACUUCAUGAGGCUCAGAUAUAUCUAUGUCAGAAGUCCUCCAUGUUGGAUGUCCCAGCGCUAUAUAAUGUGUAAAUGAAUAUCUUCCAGCAAGUGACACACGAUUCUUAUUCUGUCUUUUUAAAUAACCACAGUACAAAAAGAAAAACAAUUACAACCUAACCCGACCAAUGAAAGCCAGCUGACAAGAGGCGUAUUUUUCCCACACACCCAUAGAUCCCUCCUGCCUCGUCCAUCUCUCCUCUUACGCUCAGAGGGCUAAAAGCCUCCAGUUCCUGGUCCACAGAGAGUUGAUCAAACAGGCAAUUAGCUUCAUGAUAGCUCUUAAUGGGCCAAAGAAGAAUGGAGCGUGGGAGGGAGGGAAGUGAGGGGACAGGAUGAGUGUAGUUGUGGUGUUUGGCAGAUGGACAGCUGAUGGGGAGAGAGAUGGAUGCUGGGAGGAAAAAGAAAGGAGAGAGGUUGGAUGGAGGGAAAGAAAGAGAGGAUGUUGAUGCCGCCAUUAAGUCAGAUGAAGAUCACGUAUAUGCUCUAGAAAAAAAAGAGCUAAAAAUGACUUUUACUAAACUUACUCAACAUUCUGGUACACAGUUCAAAAUCAAAUCAACAGUGCAUGGCUCCUUGAAAGAAGGAUGGAUUCAAAGCUGAUAUAAACAACACACACACAGCAUCAGGUGUGUGCAUGACCAUGUUUUUAAACGUGUGUCUGUGUCUGUGUGUGUGUGUGUGUGUGUGUGUGUGUGUGUGUUCAUGUUUGGAUGCAUAUGGGCUUUUCUGUGUCUGUGUCUGGGUGUGUCACCUAAGCACAGACACACACAAACUGACCUGAUUUGUUAAAUGUUACUUUGCUAUAUUUUUAUAUGUAAAUAUGGGGCUAUUAACGGUAUAACUAUUUUUAUUCUGGUUUAUUUUGUUUCUAUGAGAUUGAUAUUAUUGCGGCUGUUUUCCAUUAUAGCAAAUAUUUACUUAUUUACAGUCCAGUUGUGAUCAAAUCAGAAACUUUUGGGGCAACUCUGAUGUCACAUACUGAACAAGACAAAUGUCGUAGCAUCAAUUUAUUACCACAUCCCGUAGUUUUUGUCAGAAUUAUGGCUGAUUGGUUUUUGAAUGUUUUUGACACCAAAUACAUCUCUAACACUGAAGCUAAGCUUCCCUAUUCUUUCUGAUGGUCCAAAAGCAAUAAGAAUUUGGAUUUGUCUAACAAUCCUUCUUAGGUGUGCAACAUCGGUGCAGCUGUGAUCACUCUUGCAUGCAGUAGAGAGUUGCUGUAGCAUUUUUCUGCAUGUAAUAGUUUGAUACACUUUAAAAUUAAGGCCUCAGUAUGCUUCAAUACUGUUCAUUCCUUCCUGAUACAAAUAGGGGUUAGGGUGAGAAUACUAGGGUAAGCCAAUCAGAGUAGGGCGAGUCAUUACUUUGCCAUCCUGGGGAAAAAAUAGGACACUGACCUGUUUAGGGAUUAAUAAGCUAUGUGGUAUCGGUUGUUGCAUGGACACGCGUACUCGCCAAAUACCCGAUGGCACAUUUUAGGCAGUACUGGAUGCAUUCAACCCUACUUCUAAGAAAAUGCUUGUCAGUUUGUCAGUUUUUCAGACAGUUACAGACAGUUUCAGACUGUUUGUUAGUUUCUAACAGUGUCUUAUGCCUUUAUCAGAUCAUUUUUCUAUAGACAGUCCAAAAAUCAUAUGGUGCAGAGGUGUGAAAGUAGGCAAGGUAUGAACUUCUCUCUGAAGGUCUUUUUUUCAUAAUUUUUUCAUUUCCUCAUAUAUAAAAACCUAUGAAUGCCUUCGAUUUUUAAGAUUCAUUGCCAUUUACAUUGAUCCACAUGGUGUAAACAAUUGCCUGUAGAUGCGUUGUACCAGCUUGUACUUUUGAAGCAUACUAAGGCCUUAAGGCUAAGAAAGAGUUUGUAACUGGACAGAACUACUCGGAAAAAAAAAAUAAAAAUCAGCAACAGUUUAUUAAAAACGUUGCACAUUUUUAUGCAGGAGGAGGAUAUUUCCCAACAAAUGUAGCAACUCCCAAUAUAGCAACCUAAAUAUUUGUUCAACUCACAAAGUAUGGUUUAUUUGAAUAAUUUUAAUGUUCUGUAUGAAUGUUGUCCCAAAUGUUUCUGUGCUCAUCACUGCUUUCACUUUGAUAGACGGGUUGGCAACUGUGGAGGACAUGCUCAAUUUUAAUAUGGCUUUUUUCCCCUUUUUUUUUAUGUUGCAACUUUCUCCACUUUUAAUGUUACUGUACCUAUGAUAAUUACCAUUAUUAGAAGUAUUGGCAACUAAAAAUCAUAAUCUAUACAAAUGAUUGAUUAUUAAUGCAAAUCACCUAGGUUGACAACAUGUCCACAUUAAUGCUGAUGAAUCUGAAAAUUUUCCCUAAGUGUGAGCAAAUCUUUUCAUCCACCCAACACAAGAACAAGUGGAUACACUGAAAAUUUCCACGUUACAGUGUAGACAAAAGGGAAACGCUGAUGUAUGCUUGUCAUAGGAGCCAUUUUUGAUAAUUAGCUGGCACAUUCUAUCCUGCAUGCAUGCUCUGUGAAUGAUAAACAACGCUUAAAAAGCAGCAGAAAAACCUCUUGGCAGCCAUCUGCAGAUGCUGUUGGGUCGACGGGUUUGCCUGAUAGAAGAAACAAAAACACUUUUCUAUUGUUGUGGUGUUUGAAUGAAAUAAUGCAAACGUAAACUUUUCAAAUUCAUUGGCAUUACUGUGGUCAUGGCCUCAGAUGGGUUUUACACAGAGACACACACACAUAGACAUGCACACAAAAACACAGUCUCCUCUUCAUUGGCUGGAUGAUUUCAGUCAGAUCUUGGUGCUUGGGGAGAUGACUUGAGGAACAUUUGUACCCAGAUUGUUUUCUGUCUGAGCUGGAUGAUGUUACAGAGGAAACUGCAUAUUUUUUAACUACUUAUGUUUCAUCUGUGUUCAAAGUAGCUUUAAAAUAUCUACAGUGACAGUUGUCCAAUCAUAACCUCUUUAGUAUACAAUGUUUUAUAUGUACCUCAUAUACACACAGUGGUACAGGCAGUGCAUUGUGGGUGAAUCAACUUGAUUUGCAUCUUAAAUUAGUUAUUUUUCAAAAGGUGAUUAUCUUAUGAACAUUUGACUGUUUCUGGUACUCAAUAAAUAAAAGGGAAAUGACACGCAUCUUAACAAGAUUAAAGGACACCUCUUACAACGGAAAACUGAGUUUUACCAGUUUUAAGUUUUGAAGGAUUUUGCUCAUGUUAUUGUCAGAAACUACACUCAAUAAUGGUGUACAACUUCCACACCUCACUUGCACUGUCUACACUGUGUGUAUCUAUGUGUACAAAUAAAGCCUUUCGAUAUAUAAAUCUUUUAAUCCCAAGAUUUCCAAAUGUUUCCAAACGUUUCCGACAUUCCUCCCUCAUGACCGGAGCUCAUGUCAGGAACCUGUCUGAUGCUGUACGUACGCAGGCUGCCACUAUAACCAGUAAACUUCUCCUCUUGUGUCUUAGCAAGCAUCGCUUUUGGUACAAAUUGGCAUCUUGUAUGUUGUAAAAGAAUUUAAGGAGAGUAUAUGGAACAAAUAUAUAUAGAAAUCUAUCUAAAAUGAAUAUAUUAUAUAUGGAACAAUAUGCAUUUCACACUUUCUGUUUCACUGCUGAUAUUGCUUCAUGGAUUUUUAUUUAAAUGGUUGCAACAAUGGCGGUUAACAAUAAUCAUGAGGAUGGUGUUGAUGAAUGAAGUAUUUAUUUUACAGUGGUCAGGGGAGAUGAAGAGCACCAAUGUUGUGGUUGUUUGUCUUUUGAUUUGGUUUCUUUGUUCCUCUUGGUGUGGUGUAGCUGCUGCUACCCUCUUGGCUAAAGAUGAACCAAUAAAACGGAGUUUCCAAACAGAA